GCCGACUAUAAAAUUGUUUCGGUGACGGCGCGGCCGCCUCAGAAACGCUCCACCCUCGAACGCAUUGAGCAGAGCCUGCUUUCUCGCCAUGAAUUUGCACUUUCUAUUUUUAAUAGCACUCCCCAUUUGCGCGGCACAAUUUCGAAUACAAGGGCCCAGCGAUGGAAAUCGAGCUGCCGAGAGUUUGUCAGUGGAUGACGGAGGAAGAGUUGAAUACAGCGGACACAAAGCUCCAUCGUCUGGAGGUUUCACUAUUCAGGGUGCAUCCGAUGGUCACUCGAACGUCCAAGGAGCCAGCGACGGUCACUCAGACUUCCAGCUGCGGGCUGCGACUUCUUUAGGGGCGGAUAGAUACUUGCAACCAGCGCCAGCGCCUCCUGCCUAUAACAUUCAAGGAGCAACGGGUGGACAAAGUCACAUCCAGGGAUCCUACGACGACUCCGGUGCUCCAAAAUCGUUGGAGUACAACGAUCCCAGUGGUCUACGAGUGAACUGGCGAUCGUACAAUCGGAAUGUACGGCCGUCACCGCAACCGGAACCACAAUAUACGGAAGCGCAGGCCGGUUUACAUCGAGCACCUCAGCGUCAACGAGCGCGACCUCGUCCGCAGCAACAUGCGCAACCGCAACCGCAACCGCAACCGCAAUCCCAUGAACCCGUGUUGCCACCGGUGCAGCCGUACGAAAGCGCGCCGGCGGAGAUCAAGCAGCUUCUUCAUUUCCAAAAGCUGUUGCCUUACAUGAACAUCAUUCCUGAACCAUUCAGAUACGAGAACAUAAUAUCGGCGCAUGCGAACCAGCAACAGCAACCUCAGUAUCCAGCCGAGGAGCAGCAACGAUACAUUCCGGAACCGAGGCGCCCGCCUUCGCGCGGAAAGGCGCGUAUCGCGUCGAGGCAGAAGCGACAGGCGCAGCGACAUCCGCCAGCCGAGCAACAGCUUCAAUACUCCACGAAUCUGCCUCCCGAGAUCCGGCAAAUAUUGAAGUUCCAGCAGCAAACCCCGUACAUCAACGGAAUUCCUGAACAAUUUAGGUUCAACGCGGAGGCAGCGCAGAAGGAGCAGUUGGAAGCGGUCCGUGCUCACUUCCGUGAGAUAGCGAGCACUCCGCAGCACCAAGCGCCGAAGUCCAGGCAACGAAGGCAGGCGGAUUAUCCUCAUCAGCAGCAACAGCAACAGCCGCAGCCGCAGCGGCCGCCGCCGGAACCUCAGCUGCAAUACUCGACCAAUCUACCAGGCUACGUGAAGGAGCUGCUGAACUACCAGGCUCAGAUCCCUUACACCAUCCUGCCGAAUCUGAUCGGUGUCACGCGCCCUGAGAAACCGUACGUGCCCCAGCCCGUCCAGAGACCGGAGCCUGCGCCUGUCCCCGCCGCUCAGCCUCAGUAUCAUAACCCUGCGAACGCCUACCAGCCUCAGGCGAACGCCUACCAGCCUCAGGCCAACGCCUACCAGCCUCAGGCCAACGCCUACCAGCCCCAGGCGAGCGCGUACCAAGGUCAGCCGAGUCCUUACCAAAAUCAAAUAGGCGCCUACCAAGAUCAGGGGAGCGCCUAUCAAGGUCAGCCGAACGUCCACAAGAAUCAGGCGAACGCCUAUCAAGCGCAGCAGAGCGGGUACAACCAGGUGUUCCAGAGCGAGGUCAAGUAUCCCCAGUACCCUCAAGGUCAGCCCGGCCAGGGCGGCGUUCGCCCAGUCACCGAGAAUCAAUAUUGAAGAAGACGGUUCGCGCUGUGAUUGUCACGAACGUUCUUCCGUCGGCGGAGGAUUGACAGCUGCGGGAGGAGCGAAGGGUGGAGAGGAGAGGGUGUCGUUGCAGAGCGAGCGCUUCGAUAAGAUGGAUAGGCGUCGAUGUUCGAAGGGAGCAUCUCGGGUGCCGGAUGUUCCGUUCGCAACAUCGGCGAGAACGCGGUGUUAAGUAAUUUAAUAGAAUUAAGCAUUUCGCCCCCAUUAAUUUACUAUGUGAUAGCUCGAUAACACGAAACCGGACCGCGGAUCUUCGCGCGAUAAUCGCCUGCUCCGAUCGCAAGAGGCAGAGGUUCCGUUUCUUUUUUUACUUGGGCAAUCGUAACGUAAGCUGAGAACGACGUUCGUAAAUUGUCUUCAAUCGUUUUACUGUUCGCGAGCGCGUAAAAUCCGCGGCUCGGUAGCAACUAAUGAUAAUAUUACUUUGUAAGCUUUCAGUGAAACUUCUCGCUUGAUUUUUGGUGAAAAGAAACAUGUGAUUCUUA